GUUGUUUUGAGAGGAGUUUUGGAGCAGCUUCGAUAGAGCUUUUAUUGAAAUGGUUGGCUAAAGCAUUUACAUCAUUAUGUACCGAGCAUUCACCCUGUACCUGGGUCGAUCCAAUUGUGGCGGUAAUCCAAGGAGGUUUCUUGCAUUUCGCAGCUUGCUUUUCUAUCUUCAGAAGAAAAUAGUAAAUGAAACUGGUUUUUAUUAUCUGAGAAAAUAUAUCCCACUUUUUGUUUACGUUGACACUACUACAACUUUCGUUCCAUGAUGCUGAUUUUAGAUCUUGUAGAAAACUAUUUAUAUGUUAGUCAGAAAACACUCUAAUCAAUUUGGAUUAAUGGUCGAUAUUGGUAUUGAGCGAAAAGA